AUGCGCUCGUUUGUCAUAGCUCUAUUGGGCGCCUUGCUCAGCUCUUUGGCAUCUGCAAAACAAGCGGCCAACUUUAAUCUUUCAUCCACCACUCUUACAGAGUAUGGUUGCGACGAGACCUGCCAGAUGAUCUUCACCCUGGCACAGAAGAAAGAUUGGGAGCUCUUUAAAAGCGAAUUCGAUUUCCAGUUCUAUUCCACCUCUUGCAAUUUCACGGGGUCCCAAGCAGGAGACCUCUUGAAGUUUGAACCGGUCGAUCCUACAAAACUAGACGUUGUAUCCGGGGUGUCUGUCUACCGGUUCCAGUAUACCUCGCGUUCAUUGAAUGGCUCUCUUGUUCCAGCUUCUGGAUUCAUCGGGAUUCCAUACACCUCCUUCCGCAAAGACAGAAAAUACAAAGUCAUUGCGUACGCUCACGGCACGAUCGGUUUGUUUGCAGGGUGUCCCCCUUCCACCACACCUUCUCUGUAUGACUACACCAGUUGGAGCCUUCUUGUCAACCAAGGGUAUGCUAUCGUUGCACCGGACUACGCAGGGUUAGGCAACGACUAUAUCCAGCACCAAUACCUAAGCUUCCCUGCCCAUGCCAACGAUCUCUACUACGGCUUAGUCGCCGCCCGAAAGGCAUUCCCUAACCUCUUCACCCGGGAGUGGAUGGCAGUGGGCCAUUCACAAGGUGGAGGCGCAGUCUGGAAACUGUCUGAGAGUCCUCUACAUCGCACUGAAGCUGCUGGAACGUAUCUGGGCAGUGUGGCGUUGGCGCCCGCAUCCAAAAUCUACGACAUGACACUCCUUGCGGUUGAGAAAAUCACAGGUCUCUCGGACUAUGCGAACUACGACGUCGUCUACGAAUCCCUAUUUCUGCCCAUCGCCAUUAAGCGCAUAUUCCCCGGCACAAGUACCUCGUUCCUUACGGAGAAAUUCCUGAACCGGAUUGCGCUGGCCACCCGCGCUCAGUCCUGCUAUUAUGGUAUCAUGUCGCUGGCAUAUGGGCUCAAACCAUCUGAGAUGUUCACUGGUCUUUCCGCUCUCAAGCAGAACAAUGAGCUGAAGCAAUGGCAGAACUGGGUGGCUCCAGCCAAUGGUGCCCAAGCUGCAGGACCGGUCAUGAUCGUUCAGGGGUUGAAUGACACUGCGGUUUUGCCUCCGAUCACUAUCAAUUCGUACAGAGAUGCAUGUCGCUAUGGUAACGAGAUGCACCUCAGGUUGUAUAAGGGGAUGGACCAUACCGAUGUGUUGACCGCGAGUGCUCCCGAGUGGCUCACCUAUAUUAGUUCGCGAUUCGCUCAUCCGAAUCACACCCACGGGGAAUGCAGCACUGCUACAAGAGCUCCCUUUGAUGCGGCGCAUAUGGUGACGUCCUCAGAGGUGGAUGACCUGAUUGGAAAUAGCUGA